AAACAAAAGUGUACAUCAGAAAACAACUAGCUUAUACUGUUUUUUUGCUCUAAUAUAGAUGCCACUUUGUGUUUGGUUUUAUCAGCUUCAACCUUUCUUUGUUCACAAAGCUUAGAUGACAGCUUCAAGUACACUGUCAUUACUCUGAGUCCGUAAGUUCCUAAAGAUGUGCAUUGUUUACUCCAAUACAACCAAGAAACUUUGGAAAAACUGAAGGAAUAUGUCCUCAUCGCUGAUCCAAGAAAAUAAAACAGGAGCUGAUGUUGCAUUGUGUAUCCUGUCACUGCAUUCGAUAUGUCUUCGAAGCAGAAAGCAAAAUCUCUCAUGAUUGUAUUUCAUUCAGCUGCUUGUUAUCAACAGAUGAAGUGAGAAUGCAUAGAAGGAAGGAUUUCAAUAUGUUGUUGAAGCUGCUGAUUGGCAUUGCAGCACUUCAAGUGUUCAUCAGAGUCUGUGUUGUUGAAGGUGAGUUGUCGGAAAUUGGAGGUACUGCAGUGAAGACGGUGGAUUACACACCCUCACCGGUAGCUGCUGUGGAUAGUGAACCGGUUUCUCAUCGCAAGACUUUGUAUAAGAAUUUGAUGAUCUUCUUACCAUUGAUUAUUGGAGUUGCAGUCUUUUUUCUGGUAAUUCAUGUUAAGAUCAAAAUUGCUGCUAAAUCUGCGAAAGAUGGAGAGAUUCUGAAGGCACUUGAGGAGUGUCCUGAAAAUCCUUCAAAAAAGGAUGAUGAUGAUGAGGUAUUGAGGUCUGAUAGGAAUUUUUCUGAGCUUGUGUUCUUUGCGGAAGAGAACGAGCGGUUCAAAAUGGAAGAUCUGCUUGAAGCCACAGCUGAUUUACAAAGCCAGAGCCUAUGCAGCAGCCUUUACAAGGUAAUGCUCAAGAACAAUAAAGUUUAUGCUGUCAAAAGAUUGAAGAAACUGCAGGUUUCACUUAAAGAAUUUGGCCAAACUAUGAGAAAAAUUGGGAACUUGAAGCAUCCAAACAUUCUGCCUCUUCUUGGUUACCAUUCUACCAAUGAUGAGAAACUCUUGAUUUACAAGUUUCAAGUCAAUGGAAGCCUACAAGGCCUGGUGGACAAUUACAUUGAGGGUAAGAGGGAAUUCGCGUGGGGGCUUCGUCUAUCGAUAGCAAGUGGGAUUGCCAGGGCCUUAGAAUUCAUAUAUCAGAGUUCCGGUGACCGGGAGAUCAUUCCUCAUGGAAAUCUUAAGCUUUCAAACAUCCUGUUGAAUGAAAAUGAGGAACCAUUGAUAAGUGAUUACGGGUUUUCAAGAUUUCUAGACCCUAAGCAAGGUUGCAUAGUUUCCUCAAAUGGGUACACAGCACCAGAGAAAGCCUUAUCAGAACAAGCUGAUGUGUUCAGCUUUGGAAUCAUUUUACUUGAGUUGCUUACUGGGAAAACUGUGGAGAGAAGUGGAAUAGACUUGCCUAAAUGGGUGAGGUCAAUGGUAAGGGAAGAAUGGACAGGAGAAGUGUUUGAUAAGGAGGUUAACAAAUAUGCAAGGCAAUGGGCAUUUCCUCUGCUGAAUGUCUCCCUAAAAUGUGUGUCGAAUUCGCCCGAAGAUCGACCUUCCAUGGCUGAAGUUUUGGAGAAGAUUGAAGAGGUUGUGAAUGAUCAUGAUGAUGUUUCUAUAUCAUCAAUGUCUUCUUUUGCUUCUAGCCAGCAAGAUUGUUGUUUGCUUCACACUGUCAUUCCUGAGACUUGGGAUACUCCAGGAUCAAAUUACUGAGGCAUUAUUACAAACACUUUGAAUUCAUCUUCUCCAUGAGCAAUGCUAUCCUCUUCUUUCUUAGGGAAACAAUAACUUAAUUGCUGGUUUGUACAAGCAGAGCAAUGACAGGUAGUGAUUUUGAGUUUUGUAAGCUAGAGUGAAUAAAA